GCUAUAUUAACAUUCGCGGAUAUCUGAGCCAAUCGUGAUUUGAUAUGGAGUCACCCUCCAGGACUCGCAAUGUCGUUCGCCCGCCUGCAGAAUAGGGUUUAGCUAAGCUUUUCGCUAGUCAAAGCUUGUCGGGGUAUUCCCCACUUUUAUUUUGUUACUUUUCAUUAUUUUUUAUAGUUGGUUAUUCGUUGACCCGAACCCUCCGCCUGCGGAGAGCGCUUAUCAUUGAACGAUACUUUCGGAACCAUUCAUCUCCCUUUUUGCACUUACUUAUUUUGAGAUAGAGUCGGAGUUGAAGGGGGUUUUAAGGUUCAUACAUUGGACAUGUCCUUUUUGAUACCUUUCUUCGUCUCUCCCUCUUUCGCUUCCUCCACUUCCUCUGCUUCCUGCACCUACCACACAGUCCCACCUAUCCAGGCGGCGCUUCCAGUUGGACCGUUCUUGUUUAUCUUCUACUGUUCAAAAGGGAUACAGAAAAUAUACAACAGCUACUGAAAAGAUACACUGCGGGCAUCUUUUCUUGUCCUGAUCACCCCCCUCCAGCACGUACAAGCAUCACAGCCAACCUUUAACUAUGUCGGGCUAUUCCUCUGUCGUAGAAAACACCGCUGCUGUCUCCUCAGCUGAAGAUAAAUCUCAUGGAACUGUCAUCCCGACCAUCCGAAGUGACCUUGAGCAGGAGACCCCAAAGAGCCGCUGGGAGCGUGUGUGGCCGGUCAUAGCCUGUGGCGCAGGUCUUUUUUCUGACGGCUAUCUGAAUAAUAUCAUCGGCUCAGUCAACACCAUCCUCCGCACCCUCUACCCAAUUGCCUACGUCAACUCCCCCGCCGUCAAAAAUGUUCCCUCCAUUGCCUUCGCUGGCACCGUCGUAGGUCAGCUCCUGUUUGGCUACGUCAGCGAUCACUACUCCCGCAAAUGGUCCCUGAUGGCGUCUACCGUUAUCCUCAUCGUGUUCGCAGCGCUCUCUGCCGGCUCCUAUGGUGCCAACGGCAGACCAUCCGGGCUCUUUACUGCGCUGACUAUCUAUCGCUUCUUCCUUGGUGUGGGUAUUGGUGGUGAGUAUCCCGCCGGAAGCGUUGCGGCAGCCGAGAGCACAGGUGGACUGAGGGAGGGCCAUCGGAACAGGUGGUUUGUGCUGUUUACUAAUGUGCAGAUUGAUCUUGGGUUCGUUCUUGCAGCGUUUGUGCCCAUGGUUGUCGUGUUGAUUUUUACGGAGAGCCAUCUGAGAGCGGCCUGGAGGGUGAUGUUGGGGAUUGGGGUUAUUCCACCUCUGAGUUUGCUGUAUUUGCGUCUGAAGUUUCAGGAGCCUGAGGAGUUCAAUCGGGAGAGGAUGCAUAAGUAUCCGGUUUGGCUCAUUGUUAAAUUUUACUGGAUGCGGCUGUCCAUCGUUUCUCUAAUAUGGUUCAUCUAUGACUUCUCCAUCUACGCCUUCGGCAUCUACUCAGCUGCCUGGCUCAAGAUUGUUCUCUCCGAUUCCGCGCCUCUCUGGCAGUCCUUCGGCUGGAACACCGUUCUCAACCUCUUCUACAUUCCCGGUGCGUUUCUCGGCGCGUUCGUCUCCGACUGGGUCGGGCCCCGUAAUACACUUGCCCUCGGCGUCUUUCUGCAGGGUGUCGUCGGCUUCAUCAUGGCCGGCUGCUACCAAUAUCUCGCGACAGCGAAAAACGUCGGGGCCUUUGUAGUUGUUUAUGGCAUCUUCCUCUCCCUCGGCGAGCUCGGACCGGGAGAUAACAUCGGUCUCAUCGCCUCUAAAACCAGCGCCACGGCCGUGCGCGGCCAAUACUACGGCAUCGCGGCCGCGAUAGGCAAAGUCGGCGCCUUCGUGGGCACGUACGUGUUCCCGAUUAUCCAGGCCCGGGCGCCGAAUCCCGUGCGCGCGGGCCAGGACCCGUUCUUCGUCGCGAGCUCGAUGUGUGUGGUGUCUGCGUUUAUAGCGCUGUUCUUGCUCCCGAAUAUUGGGCAGGAUACGAUCACGAUUGAAGACGUGCGCUUCCGUCAAUACCUGGAAAAGCAUGGUUAUGAUACGAGCACGAUGGGAAGUAAGUCGAAGCAGGAGCAGCAGCAGUUGGAACAGAUGCAGACGAUUCAGUCGAAUGGCCAAUCUGGUUGCUAGUGCCACUACUCACUUUGUUUAAGCUUUGGUUUAAGUAUAUAUAUUUUCUGCUUCUGUUCCUUACAUGUAAACCAAAACGGAUUAACCGUGCCAUGCUUACUCACUUCUCUGUAGUGAGUGCGCCACAGUGUACAGAAAACCACACUGUACAGAAAAUAUUUUCAAUAUCUUCAUUCUUCAUCUUCAAAUAAUCAUUAUUAAUUAUAAUCAUGUCUAAAUCUUCCAAUUAUACUGAGAAGCAGUUGCAAAGAGCUGUUGAUAUAUAUAAAAGCAAUUCAAAAUUCAAAAUCACAUCU